AGUUUACGUAAGUGCUCAACGAUCGAAGAGUCCCGGCCAUGGGGGAGCGUUCGCCUAAUGUCAGCGAAGCUCCUACGAACAGCGUGGCAAUCACCAAGUCUUCUACCGUUGUGUCACGGGCGGCUACGAUCAGCGGAUCCUUCCGAAAACGUGGCAAGAUUCGUACGACUCCUGUCGGCUAGCACAAGUAUGCGAAGUAAUGUCCUCUUCAGACAGCUAUUUGACGAGAGGAGCUGGACUUACACCUACCUACUGGCUGACCUGGACACGAAGGAAGCGCUCUUGAUCGACCCAGUAUUGGAGCAGGUGGAGAGAGAUGCUAAGCUCAUCAAGGAACUCGAACUUCGCCUUAUUUAUGCAGUGAACACUCACGCGCACGCUGACCACAUCACUGGUUCCGGGAAGCUGAAGGGGUUGUUCAAAAGUUGUCGCAGCGUCAUUGCAACCGCAUCAAGGGCACGGGCAGAUGAGCACCUCAAUCCAGGAGACGCAAUCGGAGUUGGAAGCAUUAAGCUGGAAGCCAGGGCCACACCUGGUCACACAAACGCUCUUCGACCAGAAGAGCUGCACCUACAGCUACCUUUUGGCCGACCUGAACACGAAGGAAGCCCUCCUGAUCGACCCGGUACUCGAGCAGGUGGAGAGAGAUGCCAAGCUGAUCAACGAACUCGGUCUUCGCUUAGCAUAUGCAGGUGUGGGUUCACUAACGUGAAUACUCAUGUUCAUGCUGACCACAUAACUGGCUCUGGGAAACUGAAAGAUAUUCUGGAUAACUGCCGCAGCAUCAUCUCUGCUGCAUCCAAGGCAAAAGCCGACGAUUACCUCAAUCCAGGAGAUAUGUUUGGAGUUGGUUGCGUUAAGCUGGAAGCCAGGGCCACUCCUGGCCAUACGAAUGGCUGCAUGACCUAUGUGUGGCACGACCAAAGAAAAGCCUUCACAGGUGAUGCACUGCUCAUUCGUGGUUGUGGAAGAACAGACUUUCAAGAAGGAAACCCAGAGCGCCUUUAUGACUCAGUACAUUCACAGAUACUCAGCUUGCCUAUAGACUACAACUUGUACCCUGCCCACGACUACAAAGGUCAGACUACCACUACAGUUGGAGAAGAGCUCAAGUACAACCCUCGACUGACAAAAUCUAAGGAAGAAUUUGUUGAUAUUAUGAACAAUCUCAACCUCAGCUAUCCCAAGAUGAUAGACAAGGCCGUUCCAGCCAACAUGGUGUGUGGACUUCACGAUUUUGCCGAGACGUAAUGAACCCAGUUACAAGAGCACAGCAAUACACACGUUACUGAUGCCUACAAGAAACAGCUUUCAGGGUGUCGGUAAUUAUAUGUUAUACACAUGAUAAAAUAGCGCAUAUUUUAGCCACAGUUGCUUCGUUCACUGUUGUUGUCUGACAGCAUUCCAUAGUAUGCUGGUUAAAUCUUUCCCACAUCACGCUUCAGACACAAGAUGUAACGUGCGAGCACUGUGGCAUCCAGAUUUAUUGAAAUUGCAAUAAAAGUAUUUUGUUAAGAACUCAGUAUAAGAA